CUUUCAAUUUCGAUUUCUGCUUUCGGUAUUCAUCUGUUUCGGAUUUUUUUCUCUUUCUAUGAGUGAUUUUAGCAUGGUUUGUCUGCCGAGAAACGAAAGGGAAGGAAAAUAAAAAAAAUAUUUUGAGAUUGACGUCCAUGUUGGUGUUUUCUUCUCCUUUCGAUGGAGGAUUAAGGUUUUAGGGGUAUUUGGGUUGGGAAUUCGACGGUUUUAUGCAAAAUUUUGGGGCUUUUACUAGUUUGAUUUGUGUGUAAAAUUCCUCUGGGUUUUUAACGGCUGGACUCAAAUGCGGAUUUAUCUUAGUCUUUGGCAGUUGAUGAUCUUCAAAUUUGUGGACCGGAUUUUAUGUAUAAGUUUGAGUUUUCAGACUUUUGGGUGCUAUUGAUUCAUGAUUUCUUGGUGAAGAUUAGGUUUUGGGUUGUUAUUUUUUUUAAUGCAUCUACGUUUUGUGCAAUAAUUGACACGUUUCUAUGGAAAGUUGAGGUUUUUUGAUGUCUUUGGAUGGGUUAAUUUGGUCAGUUCCACAAGAGCACGUGUAAAGCACCUGGCAAUUUUUACUGCCUUGAAUUUCCAUAUUUGACUUGUGGAGAUGGCUGAGGAGGGUCACAAGGUUUCCCUGAAUGUGUAUGACCUAAGUCAAGGGCUGGCUCGGCAGCUCUCAAUGACAUUGUUGGGAAAGGCUAUUGAAGGCAUAUGGCAUACAGGAAUUGUGGUUUAUGGCAAUGAAUACUAUUUUGGUGGAGGUAUCCAGCAUUCUCCUGCGGGGACUACUCCAUAUGGUACCCCACUCCGAGUGAUUGAUUUGGGUGUCACACACGUACCAAAAGAUGUGUUUGAAAUGUAUUUACAGGAGAUCAGUCCCCGGUAUACUGCUGAAACUUAUAGUUUGCUGAAGCACAAUUGCAAUAACUUUAGUAAUGAGGUUGCUCAAUUCUUGGUGGGUGCAACCAUUCCAGAAUAUAUUCUGGAGCUGCCUAAUGAAGUUAUCAAUAGCCCAAUGGGUGCUCUUAUAUUGCCGAUGAUACAGCAACUGGAGACAACACUGAGAGCAGGGGCUGUUCCUCAAGUUCCACAGUUCAAGCCUUCAGCAAUGGUCCAGCCCAUGCCUUCUGCCAAUGGUAGCCUCAACAAAUCCUCAGACAGCUGCAUCAAUGAGGCUGAGAGCAAUUCAAAAUCUGAAAAACAACCCAGCAAGGCUGAUGUGCUGGUGCCCCCUGCAGUCAAACCUGCAGUAGUGAAAGAGAAGCCUGCUGUGAGUGACCCCCUAGGAGAUGCUCGGAGCAAGGUGCAGGAAGAGAUCAGCACUGAAUUUGCUGCAAUCAUGGCAACUGGGACGCUACGAGCAAGUGAGGCUGCAGCACUGGCCACAAAGAGAGUGAUGCAGAGAUAUGGGCACAUGAAUGUUGCAACUUCCCAGAGUUAGAAUUUGACAGAGAAGGGUCUUCAGAUGAAUGAUGUAUUUUUUUUUUUAAUCUCCCGAUUAUGGGUUUGUUAAACCCAUCAUUUAUACUAGAAUCUGAUUUUGUCUUUUAACACAUAAUAUGAUUGGACUCCAUUUGUGAUUUGAAAUGGAAUAUAUUGAGACCAUAGACCAUUAAAGGGAGUGGUACUGUGGUAUUGGUAUAA